AUGUUAUCAUACGAGGACGAUCCACAGACGCUCGCCCGCUUCUACAAACCGCCUAGAUCGGCUUUACUCGACCCAGACGUGUGCGGCCCCAGAGCAGACCCCGCUGCGUUGGCUCAAUUGCCUCGCUCGGACCAGCUCGAGCGCUUGGCACACUACCUCGAAAACACUUCUGCCUCCGACUACAGGUUCACCGACGAGGAUUUCCGUGAUCCAUUGACUGGCGCCGAUCUCGUGCGGACGCUUGUGGCCAAGGGCGCCGUGUCUUCGGCGCAGGAUCCACAGAUGAACCAAUUCUUGGUGUCCUCCCAAUCUUUCCGCCCACUGGCCUUCUUGUCGACGGCACAUCAUGAUACACCAAUCGACCAGUUGAUGGCAUCGUUGGACAUGCUUGACAAGAGCAUCCGCGGCCAGACGUCCCAGUUGAAGUCCGUCUUGGACGAGAACUUUGAGCACUUUGUUCUGUGCAAGAAGACAAUCGACGAGAUUUUGGUGGCUUUCCGCAACCUGAAGUCCCAAGCGCAGCAAGAUCGCGAAAAGUCCAAGGUGUUCAACCCAAGGAGCCGCCUGUCCUUGUCUGAUGGCCUGGGCUUGCUCUCCGAGCUUGAAAAAUCCAUCAACAACCUCAACUUGUCUUCGACAUUGAUGAUUCGGCCCAUCAUGGAUCACCGCUCGAAAGAGGCCAAAGUCAGCAAGCUCAUUGAAUUUGUGCAAAGUCAUCGCUUUCUCUUUGAUCUCCCGCAAAGUCUCAUCCAACGACUCGCAUCGCAUGACCAUGAGGCUUUCAUAGAUGACUAUAACAAGUACAUCAAAGAGAAAGAGCAAAUUGAAGAAUCCCAACGUCAAGCGCUUGCUUCGGCUGAUCCUAAAGACGCUCGCAGCAUACACCAGGAUAUUGAGCUUCAGAAAACAACUUUGGCCCGCGUUUUCCGAGAAAUAGAAAGCAUCGCUGAAGAAUAUCGCAAGAGCGCCUUUGAAGAAUUGCUCUCGCUUGAUCACGAAGUGUCGUCUCGAAAUACAUCUGACCUGGAUGUAAAAUUCAUAAAUUUGGUGGAAAAAUUGCACCGCAUGGAGAAAAAACUGCUGCUGGAUCCAAUUUACGAGUUCUUAAAUGCACAGCUCCGGAAACUAGAGACAACGUUCGUUCAACAAAGCGAGAAGUUCGAAGCCCGCUUCAUUUUGAUGCAAAAGAAACUUACCGACUAUGUCACUUCCUUGGCUGAAUACAGAGAAGAUGGAUCCUAUGUCCGGUACAUAGGAAUGAAGUUUGACACUGUUGAGGAGUAUUUUAAAGCUUCGUCCUCCCUCGAGUCUUCUCGGUUGAGCCCUGAGAACCAGCGCAUCAUUAUCGAACUGUUUGAAAGCAGCGAGAACUUGGAUCUCUCUAUCAUCAACGAGACAUGGCUCGUUAUCUCCAAUUACAUCAAGUACGUUGAGAAAUUCUUCGAGACGGCUGUGUUGAAAUUCGUGAAGAACUACACUCAUUAUGCGAAUCCUACGAAUGGGUAUAAUGUUGAUCCAGACUUCAAGAUUCGCAGAGCCUUCUUUUCAUUCAUUGACAGCUUUGUAUUCCGCUUGACAAAAAUCUUUGACGUAAAUGUGCCUGUUGACCAAAUGAAGGUUACUCCGUCAAACUAUGAAAGCUUUCUUCCAUGUCAUGCGAACUCCUUGUCUACGAUUUUUUAUCUCAGUGAUGUAUCAAUGCGCAUAAGUGCCAUAUUGACUAAUGUUGGGACUUUCACGGCCCAGAUUGGUAAUGCAACCAACAGUCUAGACACGAACAAACACAUCAAAAUGUUCCGUGACGCGUCGUCUCUCAUCGAUCAGAAAAUUAUGGAAGCUAUUUGUGCAACUUGGGUCAACGAUUGCUCGCAGUUUUACGAACUUGAAAAUUGGGAAAAGUAUGAUUGGUCGUCGGACAAAAAAGCACAAAACAACAAUGUUCAUACCAAGAUGAUGCAAAUAAUCCAAUACUAUCAAAUGUUUGUGUUGCAUGAAUUGGCCAAUUUAGUUUUCAGACGGGCAUUUACGAAGGAGGAUGAAGUGAGGGUAGUCUCUUCGUACCCAAGUAAAAGAGUUUUGGUCAGUUUAGAAAUUCAAUUCAUGAGAAGUUUGAACGUCUUAAUGGAAUCCAUUAUGAAGCGUUUCACUCUCGAAAAAUCAACCACUCGUGAAGUACUAGAAGGAGAUAUUAAACAAAGCAUCUACAAAAUUUUGACCAUGAAUAAUUUCACAGUGCUUGGUGACUCUAUCGCUCCUUUCUUGAUUCGUUUAUUUGAUCAGCUGUUCGAUAAGUCUCUCCUGACUCAAAACUUGAAGCUUUAUGCGGAUCUCGAUAAGGUGAAGAUCACGAUCUUAGACGAUAUAAACGAAAACGAAAAGGCUUGGAUUGAAUCUAGACUUGACGAACACUUUGACAAGGUGGAAAUCAUACAAUCCAAAGAUGUCAAAAUUGACUCUUUCGUCUACGAUUCUCUUAUACAUUUUGUGAAGUUGGUUCACAUAGUCAAACCGAUCACUGAUCACGCUGCAUUCGUGACGAUAGUACAGCAACUUCAAACCCAAUUUUUGCUAAAAUUUUUACUGUGCUUGCGGGUGGUUUCGGAGAAAGAAAAAGUGGUUGUUCGGAUCUUGGGAAACCUCAAGCUCGAUUUAGAUUUUUUCGUGGAAGUUUUCGAAGCGGGUGAAACUCUCAAACUUGACGAUUACUGUCUUAACCUUGUACAAAUCAUUGUGAGACAGAUUGAAAAAGUCGAAGGAAUAUUCAAAGACUUAGGUUACACUCAGGAAGAACUCAACGAGAAAUUGACCAAAGCAUUGGAUGACAGCUCCAAUGAAUUCUCAUGUUUCAGGUGA